CCUUCACUUUUGGAAACGUUAACAGUUUUGACUGUAGCUGGCGGACUACACGCUGUCCACCUGUAGGCGAGUCGAGAACAUCUCAACCCUCCGCCUCCACGCCGAGAUAUCAGUUGGAAGGCGCUUACAUUCCAAUGGCAGAAUUAUCAUUAAAAGCCAUCAGAAUAUUCUCUUUCCUCCCUUUAAUCGUCUCGGCUUUUGGCGGGUUUCCUGAAGAACGGCCGGGGAUGACCGGAGCCAGUGCCAUUCCGUUCCUCAGGAGAUACGAGGCCUUGUGGUACGACCGAGAGUCACUGCAGAGGCAGCAGGAGCGGGCGAGGCGGUCAGCGCCAGAGGCUGAGCCCAGGGUCCAGCUGCACUUCAUGGCCCAUCAAAGGCAAUUUAAUCUCCGAUUGAAAAGAGACCCAAGUAUGUUCACAGAAGACUUUCGAAUUGAAACCAGAAGUGGCCAGAACUAUGGAGACCUCUCACAUAUCUAUUCUGGGGAGUUGCAAGGUGAGAAUAGUUCCUACUGCCACGGCUCCAUCAUCGAUGGCCGAUUUGAGGGGUUCAUUCAAACACAGGAGGGCAGAUACUAUGUUGAACCAAUGGAGCGGUAUGUUCAGGGGGAGAAUCCUGCCAUCCAUUCUGUCAUCUAUCACCAGGACGAUGUUGACUCCUCCCACCUGCAAGCCCACGAGCUAAGUUGUCUGAGUCAGCCCAUGCUUGGGCUGUCACCACUUGGCCUACAAGAUUUCCAGGAACCAUUGAUGCAGGAGUUCCUGCGUUCCAGAGUGAAGCAAAGUGUUGAUUAUUCUCGGACAACCUGCCUGCUACAUCUGUAUGCUGACUACCUUUACUUCCGGCACCUGGGCAGCAAUGAAAGCAUCACAGCUCAGAUUUCGACCUAUAUAAUGGCAGUGAAUAAAAUAUAUGAAAAUGUGAAUUUUGCAGAGAUACGUCAAAUAAAUUUCAAGGUGAAGAAACUAGUGAUUGACACUGAAUACAAUGAAACCAACCCCCUUCACAGCCGCUUCCUUAGUGUGGAGAAACUCCUGGACCUGUUCUCUCUGAAUGACUGGAGCGAUUACUGUCUCUCCUACCUUCUGACAGACCGCGAUUACAACGGCAUUCUGGGAAUUGCCUGGCAGGCAAAACCAGGAACCACUGGUGGGAUCUGCUCCCCGACUCACAACACUGGUCUCAUCACACUACAGAAGUACGGUGUACACAUCCCUUUGAAAAUGAUCCACAUCACUCUUGCGCAUGAGCUUGGCCAUAGCCUGGGAUCACCUCACGAUGAGGGCGAGGAAUGCAUUCCACCAGAAUCCUCAGGUUUCCAGAGUAGUGGUGGAAAUUACCUGAUGUUUCCCUUUGCUUCCAAUGGACUUGAAUACAAUAACGACAAGCUGUCCCCGUGUACAAUCCGGCACAUCAGCAAGUUGCUGCUGGAAAAGAAGGACCAGUGCUUCGAGGAGAGUGGACAGCCAAUCUGUGGGAAUCAGCUGGUGGAGGAGGGAGAGGAGUGCGAUGUCGGAGACAACACCAACGAUCCCUGUUGCUACGGUGCCAAUAAUUCCAAAGAUAAAUCCUGUAAACUAAAGCCAGACAAGCAAUGUAGUCCGACUCAGGGGCCCUGCUGUAGUCCCCAAUGUGUGCUGGCACCUCGUUAUCAACAGUGCAGGGGAGAGACGGAGUGUGCCUUCAAGAGUCACUGUGAUGGAGUGAGCCCCGCCUGCCCAGGCUCUUCUCCCAAGGAGAACCACACCCUCUGCAACCAAGGGCUGCUGCUGUGUGUGAAUGGGCAAUGCUCGGCGUCCCUGUGUGAGCGGCACGGGUUGGAACAGUGCAGCUGCAGUACCCACUCGGCAGAGGAGGAGUGCCACCUCUGCUGCCAGCUGUCAGGGAAUGACCGCUCUUGUGCCAGCUCCUCCUCAGCCCUCCUGCAGCAGUACUUCAACAGGACCCUGUUCACAAAGCCCCCUGGCUCACCCUGCCACAAGAAACAGGGCUACUGCGAUACCUUUAACAAGUGUCGCUUGGUUGAUGACGACGGUCCCAUCGCCAGACUGAAAAAUGCCAUCUUUGAUCCCACGGAGUUUGCCAGCAUCUCGGAGUGGAUGAGGGAACAUUGGUGGGCUGUUUUGGUUGGCAUCCUAACCCUUGGAGCACUGAUGGCCAGUACAGUGUUUAUCUUCGAGAAGACCUUGGACAGUAAUAGAGGAGAGCGGAUGACUGAAUUACAAACAAUCUAAGGUGACUGAUAAAACAUCAUUGAUCAUCGGAUGCAGAAUGAGGUCUCUCCGCCAGUAACAAGACCACCCACAGCUCUUCAAAGGUCCAACAACUUUCAAGCUGAUGUUCCAAAUAGCAUUGCUGGAUGUUUGGAGGAAGAACAUUUGGGGCAAUAAG